UAAAAUGGCGACCUCCAGAUAUGUUGACAAACAUUGAGCAUUGUUAUAUUGUAAGAUGCUUUUCUAUCGUAGGUGAAAAAUUUCACUGGCGCAAAGCGUCGUAAUUCUAAACGAUGGCCAACAAAAGCGCAGUAACAGGAAUAGUGGAUUCCUACUUGGUUAAUGAACAGAAAACUAAGUUAAAAGAUCUGUUCAAAUUUUUCUGCAAUCAUGUCUUUCUGGGACAGUGGGAGCUGGCAAAAUCUGCAAUCCCAAAGCUGAUUAAAGAACUGAGACAUUCUGAUGUCAACGUGGACUUCAUUGAAAUGUUGAUUGACAUUUCAGAAUUUCCUUUCUCUCAAAGUUUGGGUUCUAUAACAGUUCCAACACCACAUCACUUAUCGUGGCUGUGUUUAUCUGAGCUGAAAAAGAUCCCAGAAUCAUUGGACCCAAAGCUCAAGUCAGGCAUAGACAGAUUAAUCAAAGACGUUGACUUCCGCUUGACUUUAGCUCAGCUGAAAGAUGCAGAUACCAAAGUCAUUCAGGAACUGUAUGUUUAUUUCAAAAGAAAUAUUCUUAAAGUUAGAACUCCCUCUCUGGAUGAGGACAGGGAGAGGGGAGACUUUCUGUCGAAGGCUACAAUGAAAGAACUGAAGAGGACAAUGCUGACAAGUCCGGCUCUCUGUGACAGCAUCAUCAGAGCUUUAAUGCCGGAGAAUGCCAAGGCUGAGAGUAGAGACUGUGAAAUGUUGCAAGGGAUCUACAUUGACUGCUUGAAUUCUCUAUUGGACAAUGUGGAAGCGGGCAUUUCUCUGGGCCUGUUGGAGUCCGAGUUGGAGCAGUUGACCAGUCACAUGCUGCUCAUUCUAGCCUCCCACGACCCGCUGCCUUACUGGAACUACCUCCAGCUGCGCCAACUCUUCACGCGAUUGUUGCGUUUGUGUUUAAACCAAGAGGGACUCUCAUUACUCACUAUAGAGGAGGUGGUGUCUGUGCUGUACAGGAGGAAAACCACGUACUUGUUGGAUGAAGUGUGCAAGAUAUACCAUGAGGUUUGUGUGCUCUCAACAGUGAAAAACGAGGAAUCUUAUUCAGAUUUCCUAACUGAUGAUCACAGAGUAAAUCUUCACCUGCUGAAAAAAAUUGACCGAAACGAGUGUUGGAGAGAUUUUUUCAUCACUUGCCAGAAGAGGCAGUCACAUUUCCUUGGAGAAAUUCUGGACCUGAGCUUGUCACUCAUUAGAGCUGGGAAGUUUAUGGCUCUACAAGAUCUGCUAAGUUUUCCAGAGCUGCUACCCCUUCGGGCACCGGUGUUACUGAUUGGCUGGUCUCAGUGUGGCACCUUCAGCCAAGUUCGAACCCUCCUCGACACACUUUGGGAUGACUCAGCAGAAAACUUGAAUGUGGUACUCAAGAGCACGUGCAGGAAACUGGUCUAUCACCUGGAUCUGAUACAGUGGUGUCUGGAGAGGGUCAAAUCAGGCACAGAAGGUCCAGAGACAAGCGGCAGCUUUGCUAUUGACAUGCUGCGAGACCUAGAAACCCACUCAGUUCUUCACAUCCUGCAGAGAUUUACAAACCUGGCUUCUCUAGACCACGCAGAGAUUUUACAACUGUUGAUGAAUUUGCCUGACAAGAAAGAGGAAAAAAAACAAAAGACUGUCACUUUCAAAGACCAAUCAAAGCAGAAAGACCAGCCUGAAGCCAUCAAUGUGGAACAACAACGUGACAUUGCUAUAUUCAGGAGUUAUUGUGCCCUGAAGAAUGUUAUGGAUGCUCUGUUAUUCUCUGCAGACAAUAGUGAUCAUGAACUCAUGAACCCUGUGAAGGUAAAGAGAACAGUCAAGGUGAAAUCUCUCCAGAGGAAUUUCAUGAUGGAGCAGUCUCUUAGCUCUAGUGAAGGGGAUGAUUCUUCAAGCCCUGGGCUGAACAUGGAGUCAAAAUCUGAGGGUGAUACUGCUGAGAAAUGUCAUGGAGAUUCAGAUCAGUUUCUACAGUCUUAUGAAAAUAUGGUGACCAAGAAACUUAAAGAAGCUAAGGAACAUUUAUCUCACAUCCAGCCCUUAACCUUCAGGCUUGAAAUACUAGAAAAUAUCUUUUCUCUCCUCUUUGUGACUCAUGAAGACCUUUUAGAGCAUGUGUCAGGAACAUCAGAGCCAGACAGUGGUGAUGAGAAUGAUGAUAGCAAACGCAGCAGCUCGGUUGACAUUGCUCAUGACAGCCUGAACAUGUCGCUUGUUUCAGAGGAUGAAACUGUUGGUGAUGACUCGUUGUUUGAAAAGGCAAAGUCACUUUCACCGGCACCAUCAUCUCCCUUGGUCCCUUCCCCUCAACCAGCAUCGAGUGGUGUGGAUUACGAUGAACCGUUUGUUGAUCCUCUAGAAAAGACGAAGUCUCUAUCACCAGUUGCUGAAACAAACCAGUCGUCGUAUUUUACUUUGGACUCGAAGCUGCAAAAGAAAGUGGUGGAGGAGACUUCUAAACAAAAGCUACGCGAUGAGAUCAAGACUCUUACAAAGAAAGUGAAAAGAAAGCGGAAGAGAGAAUCGUCGUCAGAGCAGUCUUCUUAUCCUCAAGGAUUUCUGGGAAACGAAUAUUUGGUCAGAGAUAUUCUGCAUUUACUAAAAGAUGCAGCAGCUGAUUUAAAUGCAGCCAAAUUUUCUCUCUCUGGCAAAGUUGUUGACAUGAUAAGACGGGACUCUACAAAGUAUAGCCCUGUAAAACUGGACCCGGAGCUGGAAAAAGUCCUACAAAGCAGUUCAAUCACAACUAUCCAGCCUGAGACUCUGCAGAAAAGAAUCACCAAACUGAUGCAAGCUGUGCAUGAGGCAUGGUGGCGCUUUCAGUUGGUGUCCCAUGAAGCUUUUCCAAAGCAGCCUGGUCGCAUACUGGUGGAAAAAAUCACCGUCACAGAUGAUGAUAUCAACUUUUUGCCUCUGUGUGAUCGGAAAGUCUUCAGUUCUGAUAUAGAAGAGCGGUCUGGGAUUGAAUCUGAAUGUGUGAACUCUCCAAACCGUAGACUGUCUAGUGUUGGCACCUUGACACCUCCGUCCAACAUAGUUACUAAAAUGACAGCCCCUCCAGAGCGCCUCCUCAUCUUGACUCUAAUCAAGAACAACCACCAACAAGCAGCAGAGGUCAUCAAGCUUUUCAGGUUAACAGAGAAAACAGCUGAGACAUGUGAGGUGGCUUUUGCUGAUAUUUACAAAAACCGCUCUGCUGAGAUCUGGGACCUGGAGACUGAAAGAAGGGAAGCCACUCCAGUCCCUCAAAGAGUGGGCAAACGCAGUGUCAAAGCCCUGUCUCGAGCUGCGGCCAUCGGUGUUGCCUCUGCCUCUCUUUCACACAUAACAGAGGAUUUGUUAGCAGCUUCCUGUCUCCCACCGAUUCCCCGACCAAAAACUGCUUAUGCUCGUGAAAACUUUGGGUACUUGUUCAACCUUGACACACCUUCAGCAGUGCUUAUUGAUUUGCUGUGUACUUCUUGCCGGACCUGGGAUACAUGUAGCAACAUGAUGGACAUUAUCAAGACGCGCAGCUCCAAACUUCUGGAACACGACCCUCGCCGCACUUCAGCUAUGACCUCGUUGUCAUCCAGCAGCCAAUCAGACACCUGGUCAACCCAUCAGAAUGAGUUGAGCUCCCCGUCGUCAUCUGUGUCUUCGCCUCCAUCCAUCUCCCAUGGUCACGGAAAACCCAAACAUCUCAAACCUUCGCUGCGCAGCAUUGUCGGAUGUACUGAGUUUGUCUGGCAGCUUCACGACCUUGUUCAUCUAGAGGAUACAAGCUCCUCCUCCUUCCAUGUCGGGGCUCGGCCUCUCCAAUUGCCCAGACUGAGUCUCCAACAGCGUUUGAACUCUGGACACAUGUCACUGCAGGCAGACGGCAUCCGCAGUAUAGAGAUGGCCACUGUUGAGCUGCGGAGGGCCAUGGACCGUCUUCUGACUGUCCUGUCAGGAACUGGACCUGGAAGGCAGUUAGAUAUCUCCAUCGAGGAUCCCCAACCGUCUCCUGCUCCGUCUCCGUCCACCAGGGGAAGCUCCCCUGGCAGCUUUUCGGGCAGCACAUCAAGCAACGUGACUCCAUCACUCAAAAACCAGCCGAAGCAAGAGCAGAACCUGCUUCAUGUGGCCUUCAAGUCCCUAAUGUGUGCCAUGGAAAAAUAUAUUCCUGGAGAAGGUUUUGCGCAACUUAUGAAUGGCAAAGCGUUCAAAGUGAUGUCCCCACCUUUGAAAAACUACCUGCUGAGUCUGUAUGAACAUGUGAGAGAAAUGGCCUAUCUAGUGUCAGAAUGUGAAGGCAAGAAUAAGGACUUGCUUGGUAACUAUUUCAAAGUACUGGAUGAAGGGCCAGUGGAUGUGUUGGGAAGACUUCUCUUUGUCAAAAAAAUGCCUCCAGCUCGUCUUGAAGCAGUGGCGGAGAAACUGAGCCUGAACCUGACCCACACCAUUGUGUACAGCUGCUGCCCACGCAUCCCUAGCAAGCAUGCAGCAGUGACAGCUGCAGAGUUGGAUGAGUGCUGCAAACUGUGGGGUUCAACUGUAGCAAAUGUUUCUGCUGGUGACAAAGACAGUCUCAGCUCUACCACAGCUGAUUCAACCUUGACUGGGGAGAAACCUCGGCACCCUGAGUUAGUGGUCAGAGAGAUGCUGGUUCAAGUUGUCAAGAUGAUGAAGAAAUAUGCCAAGACCCACAGUGCUCAUGGUGUUUUUGACAUCGCAUGUGCCAAGAACCUGGUCAGGGAGCAGGACUAUCUGGCAGCUGUCAAAAUGACAUCACGACUCCGAAGCCUUGACCUUAACAUGUUAACGUCUGGGGAUGAAAGGAUUUGCUUCUUUGCCAACCUGGCAAACUUGAUGGUUAUACACUGUCACCUGGCCAAGAUUUUAUCAAGACUUGAGUUGCUACUGAAACAAGAGGAAAAGGGAGGUAAUGGUGAUGAAGAGCAGAUUGAGCUGUUCCCCUUGGCGGCAGCAGACAACUUGAUGUAUCUGAGCAGCUUUUCCUUCUCUGUGGGACAGCUGGGUGUCGUCAGCGUUUUUGACAUUUUGAAUGUUCUCUGCCGGUCUGGGCUUGCUGCAGCUUCUCAGUGGAGGGACCUGCUGGGCUGCAGGACACUCAAGCUAGACCCGCAAGACUCCUGGGGCCAACAUGCACCACCACCUGAGUCUCGUUUGAUCUUUGUGCUUAACUCUGGAUGUAUUUCAUCCCCUCCUCUUGUGGUUCUUAAUCCCGACCACGUCCAGACGCAGCUGGAGAUGGCCAUGAAGGACUACCUGUCUCACACAGUGAGGGUUUCUGUGGACCAGGAGAGGGUGUGUCUACCUCAGCUGCUGAUGUGGCACGAGCAUGACUUUGUAGCAGACAAGGAACUGGUUGUGGAUACCAGACAUAGUGCUCUGGUCAAAUGGAUGACCCCCUACCUUAGUGCUGAGACACAAAACAGGCUGGAGCAGCUGUUUCUUUUGGACAGCGUCCAUGGCUUCAGUGAAAAUAUUGAUGUCUCUGGGAAGAAUGAAUUGCCUUUCCGAGUGGAAACAGACCCCUUCGACAACACCUUUUCCUUCACUUUUGGUGUUACACACGUCAAGGUGGGCUCCCCGUCCACAAUGCCUUCUGUUGUGGCACCAGUGUCGAAGAAAACCAAAGCUCCAGCGGCACUGUUUUCCAACUCACUGGAGGCUGCAGGGAUGGGUCAGAGCCUACAACUGCCCAAGUACAACCUUACCCCUGUGACGCUGGAGUAUGUGAAGCAUGACUCGUUACUAGCGGCGACGAUGGUGAGCCUGGUCUGUGCAGACAAUCUGGACAACAUUGAGCAGCAGUUCACAGAUGACCACUUCAAUGUGCCCGAGUUGACCCCAGCUCAGCAGCACCUGGAGGGACUUCCUCGACCGCAUCGCUCCUCCUCAGAUAUUAGUUUGGUGGACAUCCGCAGCUACCGCUACCAGCGGCUCACCAACGACUACCCUGUGUUGCAGCGACAUCUGCUUCAGUACAUCCUGCCUUUGGCAGGGGCAGACCACCCAGAGCUUUUGGAAAGCAGAGAGCCGAUACUCAAGUUUGUCACAAAUGACAUUGAAGACCAGGUGAAGCUGUGCAUGUUCAGCCUGGCCGACAGCGAGCAGUUCCAGGGAGUGAUCCACGACAUGGCCAAUCGUCUGCUGGAAGAGCGCAAAUGGAUGGAGCUCCUCACAAUGCUCGGAAGUCUUCCCAGUAGCGUGAUCUCAGAGUUCUCUCCCCUGCAAGUCCUACACGACUUUUCCCUCAGUUGCUGGGCCAUUUCCCAUGUCAAAUUGCCGGGCCAGGCACCUAAAGUAGGAGACCGACUGAGAUGGUUCUACAACCCGACCCUCCAGGCACGCAUUGUGCUGACCGUUACCUACUCCCUGCCGCUUGACCUGGCCUCUGACCUUCUUGACCUCUGCAUCCAUGGCCUUGAGGAGAGCAGUGGUCUGUGGCAAGCUGUUGUCAGUAGGAAGAAGGAAAUAGGCAUACAUAGCAAGAUCAUGGCCUCUGUGAAGAGACUACACAUCAAGCUGUCCACCCAGGAUGCGUCAGUCCUGGCACUGAACGACUCUGAACAGCAGCUCUUGGCUGUGGUCGAGGAACUACGAGACUGGCGCUCCAUCCCAAAGGUCAGCGCCGAUCGACCUGCAGACAUUCUGCUGGUCUUGGAGCAGACCAUGGAGUUUGAUGUGGCUGCAGAGUGGGCCGAGAUGAACAAACUAGCUCCCGACACUAUUCAGGAAAUAAAAAAGCGACACUUGACGUCUUUGUUGAGCGGCUCACAACCUGAUACUGUGACAGCUUUCCAGGUGAGCUUUCAAUUCAGACGUUUGCGAGACAAGCUGAUUGCAGAUGAACGGCUAAAGUUGGCCAUGGAGGUGUCCACCAAAUGUGGUAUUGACCCUGCUGGUGUCUGGGCUGCCAUGGGUUUUGCUCGUUUGCACCUCGGAGACUAUCAAGGUGCUCGGGAGAAGUUUGGCCACUGUCUUAAGGUGCCCACGGACAAGAACAAACCAUGGCCAAGUCAGAGCCGGUUGAUUGGGGAGAUAAUCGACUUCCUGGACACUAUUCCUAGCUCAGGCCUCACGGAGGUGGAGAAGCUGUUACGAGACCCUUCCAAUAUUUGUGAUAUCAAAACACUUCUUGUACCAAGUGUUGGAGAAGAGAACCGUGUUGAGUCAGUGCCUUACCAGGAAUGCCUUUUCUACCUGCGCACUUAUGGCAGCUUCAUGGACCAUAUCAGCUUCCUGCGGCAGCACAGCUACUGGAUGAAAGCUGUCCAGUUUGCCUCGGACCGUCACUGCAGUGCGGAUGUAUUUGUGACGGGCCUUGUGGUGCCAGCCAUGAGCUCUGGCGAGAUGGGACGUCUAUUGGAACAGAUGCUCAUGUUGGACCCAACCCUGGAGAAGUGGCUGGUCUACCUGACGGCCACCUGCAAACACCUACUGCGCCAGAAGUACUUUCACUCUCUCUACCAAGUACAAUUAUUCAUGAAGGACUACAUCCGGGCAUCCAUGACUUGCGUUAGCUACUUCUACCAGCGCGGAGCUCGCACCUACCUGGACCUGUGUGGCCGUUUGCAGUUUUUGUUCACAGCCCAGCAACAUCUACAGGCAUAUCUGGACCCUAGCCAGUGGGGCAGCGUGCGCCAUCCUCUUGCUCCUGUGACCCCAGUCCAAGGAUCAUCUCGACAGCAGCUCAGCUGGGACAAGUCAUCAGCGGACACGGCAGCAAGGAUGACCUUAUCUACUGAUGAGGUCAAAAAACACAUUCGGAUCAUCGCGCUGCAGAUUGAAGUGACCAAGUUCUUAGAGCAGUGCAUCACACAGUCCUUGGGCAGCGUGGACGGCUCAGGUCCUAGAGCAGGCUCUCAGCAACUGCCCACACUCUUUGGAUCAAACACAGCAAAAACAGAGCUGGUUAGCCUGGUCAUCCUCAGCGGUCAGAAACUGAGCACUGGUUUUGAGUUGGGUGUUCGAAUUGUAAAGGAGUUCCGGCUGGACCCCACCCACAUUUUCACCCACUGCUCUCGUGAGCUGGCGAAGCAAGGCCGCUUCUCAGACAUCAACGUCCUCAUCCAAAACCUGCUCUUACAGGGAAUGGUCACAGAUGAGACUAUCGAUGAGAUUGUUGGGGCGUCGCUGUUGGUCAUUGCAAACAGCCACACACACAGUCAGGCAAAGGAUGAAAGUGAUACACUGAUACAACUGCUGAGAAAUGACAGUAAUAAGAUCAAUGCACUUAUCCUGUGUGGCAAGCUGCGGUCUGCCUAUCUGCUGGCUGUGAAACGGGAGCGUGUGGAGGAUGUCCAGCGAAUUGCUGGGGCCGCUCAGAGACUUGGUCAAUCUGCAGUGACCAACAUCUGUCGCAAGUGGCUAGAGCAGCAUCAUGUCAGUCAGAAGAAACUUUGACCUUAAUGUUGGUCAGAAGAGAAAUGGACAUUCGAUUGCGUUGAAGAAAAUACCAGCGGUGUAAUGAGGAUCCUUUUAUGGUUCUAAAGUUUGUACUUAUUUCUAACAUUUUUACCUUUUCUACAAGGUUUUCUUGUCUGUUUGCCUGGGAUAGUCUACUUUAGUUGGGUUUUUUUUGUAAAUUUAUUUUUAGUAUUUCUGUCCAAGUUAUCUAACAGGUUGUUAUCUUCUUUACUUGCUGCCCUGGAAAUGUCAUAAAUGUUUCUUGACAAGUGGUUUGAAUGAAAUUGUUAUUUUUUAAAGUUGGAAUAUAUUGCUUUGGAGACCUAUGUAACUGUACUUUGAGCUCAAUGUUUUUCUGUUGUGUUGCAUUGCUUGCUAGUGCCAAGAACCUAUUUUUCAAUUGCAAACAUGUUUGAACUUGCUCUAUCAUAUGCAUAUGUGAAAAUAUGAGUGUUAUAUUUUCUGAUUAUGCAACUGGUAACUAUAACAGAUUAGUAAAAUGGCAUAUUUUUAUUUUAUCAUUGCCGACAGGUUAAAAGGUUGUUUUUUAAAAAUUGUUUGAGUGAUGUGGGUGUUUUAUAUUACUAACUUAGUGUUCCAAACUGUAUGACUGUAGAAUCUAUGUAAAGUCAAUACAUUUUAGUAGAAUGAGUUUUGUGUGAUAGAUUUGAUUAUGUGCUAUACAGUUCAAGCUGCAGCAAUGAACAGUGACACAAAGUCCUCAACUAGAAAUGGAUCAGUGACAUUUGUAUGGAAACUUGCCCCUGGGACAUCAUAUAUUUAACAAAUUGUAAGUGGAUCACUCCUGUAGCAUGUUUACAUAAUUUUUACCCAAAUGUUUUGCUCUGUUUCCCUCUUAUAAAUGCAUGUUUUUGUUUUUCAGUGGUGUGUAAAGUAGAUGAAGCAGUGAGCUAAUCUUGUUGUGUACAUUUUUAAAUUUUUGGCAAAAGAAUCAGCAAAAGUUCCAGCUGUGUUUGAUAAAGAACGUCUUGUGGAUGCAUUGCAUUUUUCUUCUCUGGGUGCCGCUUCAUGAAGCUUAUUUAAUAAUUGUGCUCGUCUCAUUAUUGGUCUGAGAGCAUAUCAGAUUGCAUGUCUAUGCACCCAUUUUGUUAUGAAUGGGUAAUACUCUUCAAUGGCCAGUGCACAAAUUACAAGUUGUUCCUAUAUUUACUGCAACUACAAAGUGAUAACUUUAAUAUAGUUUUUGCUUUUUGUUCAGGGCACAGAAUUAUCUUCUGUUAUUCUGCAUUCAUGCUCGUCAGUUUGAUGGAUUUUAAUUCAACAAAUUUUGUUGAACGAAGUUGGCAUGAAUCACAAUUUGUUUUAUUGUUUUGCUUUGUUUUGCUGGAAUAAAUGAUAAAUCUUCACAUGCCAUUAAUCAUAAUGAUAAUUCAUGAAACAUGCAGUUGGUGAAAACAAGUGGGCCAAGAUUGAUCUGAGCUAGUUCCAUCCAGAAAAAGAUUUUGCUGAUCAUGAGGAGAAGUUUCCAGAUUGCAUUUAUCCUUUUUGUAAAGACGUCAGUGUUGAUGAAAUUAUUCUGUAUGAACCACCUGUGUAAAUGAAAGGCUGAUGGAUUCUGUUGUGGUGUGUUUUCUUUUCCCAUUUGUGACUAGAAUGACUUUCUAUUUUUUUCAGUCAAUUGAUAUAAUGCUAUCGAUUUCUAUUGUGAUAUUUUUCUUACAUUUGACUGACAUAAUAUUGUCAACCUACUACCAGUCAUCUUUCCUGAUAUUUGCUUUUCAUUUUAGUAUUCAUGUGAAGUUGUUACUGUCUUUUCACUGAAUUGAGUAAGGCAUGGUUGCCCCCUGUGAGGGGUUGGGCUCAAAGCAUUAUAUGUAGAAAGUGUAUUACUUUUUACUUUUUGCCUGAACAUUGUCUUUUUUUAAGGUCAUCGAUUUUGUAUUUAUUGUGUUAACGCCAUACAGAUAUAAUUAGUCUUCUUUCUAAAAAAUGGCAAAUAAAUCGUUUCGUUCAUGCUCUUGUGGGGUGAAAUCUUUGACAUUACUUGAAUUUGAAGAUUUCAUCUGUAUUCAUGGUGCUAUUCUAUUUGAAAGACUCUUUCGCCGACUUCAUUCUUAGCAUUUUAUUUUGGGCGAGAAAGUCAAGAUUUGGAAUUUUCUUUCAUUGAUAUGAAUCAUUUCUUCGCUGUUUCAUAUAUUGUAUGCAUACCUGUUAUUUUUUUCUUUCUUUGACUGUCACCAUUUCCUCCGACAGAGUUGAGCUUUAAAUAUAUUUUCUGUAGUAAGGCCUUCUUUUGAUCUUUUAUCUGCCCAAGAGUCAAGAGUAGAAUUUUUUAACCACAAAUAAGAAAGUAACACAACUCUUUCAAAGUUCAAGGAGUUCAUAGUCAGAUAAUAAACAGAUAGGUGUAGGCCCCUGUAACAAAAGCUUGAAAGUUCCAAGGAGGUCUAUAUAGACCUAUAGAUGUUUAUGUCUGUAUCAUUAUGGCCAUAAUGUGAUUUAUAUACAUAUAGUUCUUUCUUGUGGACGAAACAAGAUUAUAUGUAAAGGAAGUGCUCUGAGGUGUAUAAAGAUUGUUAAGUCUGAGUUUGACCCUGUUUUGUACGUGUAUAGGUGGAGUUUUUGGAUCACUUUCUUGCUCAGGUCAAGGCCACCUGCAUUCAAAUCUGCCAUGACUUACUUUAAAUGUAUUUUGGAUGUGUUGCACAUGUGCAUGGAUGACUUGUUUAGAUUUAUAGCGAAUGCUUGUUUUGUUUUUGUUUUUAAACGUAUUACUAGUUUAGUGAUAUUGCUGAAGUGCAUUGCUAGUGUGGAUGAGUACCAUGUCUUGAUUAUCACAUUGUGUCAUAAGCAUGUUCAGUUUCUGUGAGUCUCAUAACGAACAGGCAAUGCCAAAACAGUAUUUUUAGAAUAUGAAAUGUUGGCAGAUGAUUAGUGGAAUGUCACUACUGAUAUGCUCUUCCCUCUUUUAUCCCUAUUCCAAUACUGCCAUCUGAAUAUUUGUCUGUCAUGCUCUGUCAAGAGAUACAGCCAUCAUUAAGUCAGUGCUGACCUGACUUAUUUUGCAUUCAAAACUAUUGAUUUGCUUACUGGUGUGACACAUACAAACAUACAUCUUUAUACAGUUAUUUCUGAUUGUGUCUGAACUGUUGUAACACUCAAAUUUCUCCAUUCAACUCAUUCUUUGAAUUCAAUAUCUUCUCUUGUUUCAAUUCUCUCUCGAGGUGUUAGAUUUAAUGAAAAGCUGUCAUCAAGAAAACAUGGAAUAUAUUCAAUGUGUGUUAUACUGAAAUCAAAACACAUUUGUAUGAAAAUUGUUGCUUCUUUUGAGCACAUUACAUGUAUAUUGUAGUCAUAUGUGCUAUGAUAAUAUUUUAUUUACCCUGGGUAGUCAGUCUGCAGGGAAUUGCCGCUUUUUCUUUCCUAAUCCUUACUAUCGUCAUUUAUCCUCUACUUCUUUUGUAUGUUUGUCACUCUCUUGUGAACUGCUAUUUGCGGGGUGCCUUGAUAGUCGAAGCAAACUUUGUGCUGUUUACGCUAGAGAGGUGAGCAGAGUAAGCCUGAUUCCCUAUUUGAUUUCUCUGUCGACAUCCACCCCUUGGCACUCAUAUGAACUUAUGCAGUUGUGACUAUUGUGAGCGCCGUAAAACCUUACUAAAACAAACCGUCUGCAGGGUCAGGGACCAAAUUUAAAAGGAACCCGACAAAAGUACUGUGCUUUGUAUAUUGUUUUAAGUUGUAGAUGGUUUUCUGAAUUUUCUUUCUUUUUUUUGGUGAAGGGGCAACUUUUUUGCCUCUAAUUUAGGGAUGAACAAUGUUUACAAAUGCCUGAAAAGGGUUUGCAUUUAAAGUACAAUCAGCUCUGUGUUAUCGUUUACAUUUUCAUCUAACUCGAGUCCAAUCACAAGAUCCUUCAAUGCUCCUACUGUGUGAUCACUGAUCUCUCUCAUAUGAAACAGUGGAUGAUCACGAUUAUAAAUACUCAGGAAUAGACUAAGUCAGAGCUCCCAUAAUUCUUUAGAGUUAGCAGAGAGUUCACUCAAUGAGAGUACACAACAAUUGAACACAACCUGAAACUUUGUUUUUGGAUUUUAAUGGAUAGGUGAGAAGGAAAAAAGGCUGAAAACCCAUAUUUUGUCCAUGCAUCAACAAGGAAGCACAGCAGUGCGUAAUACUAUUGCAGUUAUUCUGCUCCAAUGUAUAAAGUCUUGUAUUAGAGAGUUGUGUGUUGCUGUUCUUUGACUCAAAAGGGAUUGGUGUUAGGUGGUGCAGGGAUGUUGUUCUUUAUAUACUAAAAAUAUGCACUUUUCUUUGCAGGUGUGAUAUCUUUAGAAAUUAUUUAUUUUUAAAUAAAAAGAACAGAUAAGCUUAAUUUACCGUCAAUCAUGUACAUAGCGAACAGGCACAAAGCAAAAUACAUUUUUAGAGAAUAGAUUUGCUUGUCCUGAAUUUUUUUGUCGUUUAUGUUGUUUCUUUGUGUUUAGUAUAGAUAAUCAACUUUGUUUUGAAAAAAAUUCUGAAAAAUGGUACUGGGGUGCAAUUAUGUUUUUUUGUUACCCAAUCCAUAAUGUGAGAAAAGGAUAGGUAAUUUUUGUUGUUCUUUGUCCCUGUUUCAUUGACGCCUUCUGAAGCAAAGUCCCUUGUAAAGUUCAUCAAGCCAUUCUGAGAAUCUUUUGAAGUUAAUGGAUUUCAAGGAUACUCUGGAACAAGAACUUAUUUAGAGGUGCAUAGUGCAUGGGGCUAUCAUUUUGAUUGCUAUUUCUCAUCAUAGUUUUAGCCUUCAACUCUUGUGAUUGCAUGCUCCAAUGUUUUUGCCUUGUCUUUCAUAUUUAAUACUUUGUUGAGGAGAGAUGCCUUUAACUUUAAGUUUUUGCUUCGAUUUCCAUUUGAAAUGCUGGAUAGUUGUGUAUGUGUGUGUGCGUGCGUGAGAGCAUUUAGUUUGAAUAAAAAGAAAUGGAAGUGUAGAGUUGUGGUACGUUGUUCCCUGUAUUGCAAUGAUAUUAACUCAUUCUUUUAAAAUGUGAAACUGGCAUAAAAUAUACUUUUGUAUAUAUUUUUUACCAUGAAACAUUUCGUUGUACUGCAGAGGUUUAUGAUUUAUAAUAUUUUUCUUUCAGUCAUCAUAGUUUGUAUUCUAAACUGUUAGAAGAGUUCUAACGGCCCUGCAAUAAUGUUUUGUAUCAGCAUUUUGAGCUUUAAGAUGUAGAAGACUCUGGUCUAUCACAUUUAACUAAUUAUUCUCCUUGUGUUACUCAAAUUCACUUUGGAUUGUUUUAAUUUUUAGGUACAUAGUUUUCCCUCUUUCUGAACUUUCUGUGUAUUGUUGCAUUUUUUUUUCUGUCUCAGUUUUCAAAGUAACUAGCACAGCCCUGCAGGAGACAUAAUCCCUCUCUGAUGGGUGAAUAGCACAUGUGAACUUAAUGUGCAAUAAUGCACAUCCUAGCAUCAUUUCACAAUCCCCAAAGUCAAUUUCUGGGGGUUUACAUAUAAAGCUGUUAUUCAAAUAAAGACUUCAAGGGACAUCUGACAGUAAAAUUUUGUUCUGUUUUGUUAUUUCCUUCCUAGUUUUUAAUGAAAAAAAUAAUGAGUGUCCAAGUCAUGUUUCUGAUUUGGGCCCUCUCUUUAAUUUGCUCAAAACACAAACAAAUAUUUUUUUAAUGACUUAACCCUUUGAACCUGUUAGGCCUGGGCAACAUUUUGUGUUUACCGUUAGGCCGGUUCUCCGGAGCACGGACUACUCUGAGUUGUGUAGUCCGUCAAAAGAAUUCUCUUUAUUUCUUGUUCGUCAUCUUACAAUAUUUCCACCUUGGAAUAAGAUAAACAAGGGAGUGAACACGUGUGUUUGCUUCUCCAUGUUCUUCCCCUCAGUCUUUUUGUGUAUGUGCCCCCGUAAACUUUGAUGAAAUUUGCGAAAAAUGUCCAGGGAUUUGUUGAGAAAUUUCAAGAUUUAGGGUACAAAGGGUUAAGGGGUCUAGCGAGUAACGUUUUUGGUCAAUUUUCGAUGAAAUUCUUGAUUUUCUGGAAAGCAGCUUUUUAACACCUUUGAUCAUUGGUGAAUCAGAUUUUAUGGUCCAUUUGGUAAAAAAAAUCGAUAAAAUAGGUGAAAGUAUGUCUCAAGCGACCUCAUCUCCCUCUUGCAAAAACGACCACUUAUUCACUUUUCCUCUCUUUUUUUGUUACAUUUCGUGCCUACUUGGUUCACUGAACUUCUAUAAAUGAGGUUAUUUGUUACUGUACAGAAAUGAGAUUUUAUGUGAUUAGAAAUAAUAGUGCAUAUAUUAUAUGGUGUACUGGAACCUCUAGAAGGAACAAACCCUCAAAUUACACAGUGACAUUUUUAAAUGCGUUUUUCUCAAAACUUUAUUUUUAAAAGACCCUUCAUCAGUAAAAUCUUAAAAAUCUGAGCUACUAAUCAAGAUAAUGUACUGAGACUUUCCAAGUAUGUGCAGAUUUGGUAGUUACAGGUACCUGGCUAGUUAUAUCUGAGAAAAUGUGUACUUAAUAUUUCAGAAAUCUGCAUUUGAAAUUGAUUUUGUGUUUAAAAUUGGUACAAAAAAGGGACAUUACUUUGAAACCCCCAGAAAUUCUAGAAUGUUGGAAGUAUACCAAAAAACCCAGCCAGGUACCUAUAACUAUUAUUAGUAACUUGAUGUUUAUUAAAAACUUAACAUUAUGCCUUUUGGUUUUCACAAUUUUGAGAUUUUCCGAAGUAUUGUAUAAUUUCAAUAUGGUAGCCGGUGUUACUUAACACUUUAGGUUAAAUUGUUUUUAACAUUUUGAUUUAUUCCUGGGAGUGUACCACUUAUUUUGGAAAAGUUUGGUUUCAAAAGAUGCAUAAAUAAUGAAGAUAGCUUUUCUUGGUAGCUAGACCCCUUAAGUGCUUGCGGAAUGAUGCUGUCUGUAUGUAAUAUUUACUUUUGUGCAUGUUCAGCAUGUUCUUUCUUUGUAAGGCUCUUCCUGAGGAGCCACAAGGCCAGGAGUUCUGUUUUUGAAAUGGGAUUUUGUGUUGUGCGGAGAAAGGGGUUAGUUCUUUACUGAAAAUAAAAGAGUCCUCAAUAGUUGGUGUGUUUGUGUGUGUUUGGAAACUGCAGAAUUUUAGUGUAACGGCAGCUUUCCUGUUUUCCCACUUACAUUCCUCGCUUUAGAUAAAAAGUUGGACAUGCAAGACAAUAAUUUUCAAAUAUUUUCAUUUCGUUUUAGAGUGCAUGUUUUCACUCAGACUCAGGCUAGUGAUAUAAUUUUAUAACUUUGUGAGUGUUCCAAUGUAUUGUCUUUCAUCUUCUCAAUAAAUGAAUCCAGGUUUUUUUCAUGAUUCAAAAGAAAGUAUACAC